AAAGAUAAAGCAACUGUAUCAUUUUUUUUACAAUGAUGAAAUUUCUAAUUUGUUUGUUAGUAGGUAUCACAACAGUAAAAGCCGCGUCUGUCAAUUUUACAAAUUGCAGUCCGGGUUCGGGAGGGAUCCACGGUAAACUGACCAUUGUUGACGUAGACCCAUGUCCAGCUCUACCUUGUGCACUUCCUCAUGGCAAAGAUAUUACACUUCAUGCUACCUUUACUCCUAGUGUGAGUUCUUCAACAUUUAAAUCUUCGGUCCAUGGCAUCAUUCUCGGACUUCCGGUUCCAUAUGGCGUACCUACAGGAUCCUUGUCCGGUCCUAUUGUAGCAGGACAGGAAGUUGUAUACACAAACACCCUACACGUGUCGCCACUGUACCCUAAGAUCCGUUUGAUUGUAAAGUGGGAAAUCAAAGACGAACAUAAUCAUGAUCUUUUUUGUUUCCUUCUGCCAGUACAUAUAACCAGCUAAUUGUAGUCAACUAAAAAGCCGAUGUUAUUAGAAAUUAUAGCUUUGUAUUUGAAUGAUGCAUGUUUUAAAAUAUUAUUGCUGUUAUUCUUGUUAAAUAAAAUACAUAAAGAUAUCAAAGUGA